CUACUGAUUGCAAGAACAAAUAACGUUCUGGUCAGAGCCGUCCUAGUCAGCCCCGGAUUAGUUGAGGGCACCUCACAUGUUUUGUACCGUUAGAUUGGAGAGAAAAUGUAAAAUUGCUUGUUGUAAUUAAGGUAUAUCUUUCUAUCCUGACAUGGCAACAAAUAAUUAUUUGUUCUCGGCCGCCAUUGAUUUUGGAACAACGUACUCUGGCUAUGCGUUUUCCACAAGAAAUGAUUUCCAAACGUCUCCAUUAAACGCAUCCUGCAUGACAUGGACGGCGGGAUCAGGGCGCCUCCAGUCCCUGAAGACGUCCUCCUGCGUACUAUUCAAUCCAGAUGGGGAGUUUGAUUCUUUUGGAUUUGACGCAGAGGAUAAAUACUCUGAACUAGCAUUCGAGGAUGACCACAAGGAAUGGUAUUUUUUCAGAAGAUUUAAAAUGACACUUUACGAACAAGGAGAUAUAAAGCGAAAUUUGGAGCUGAAAGAUAUGAACGGAAAACAAAUGCCAGCUUUGAAAGUGUUUUCAGCCAUCCUUCGAUAUCUGAAAAAUCACCUACUAGGCGAAUGCGCGAAACAAGGUUUUGAAAGCGUGGAAACAGAUAUACAGUGGGUGCUGACAGUCCCAGCUAUUUGGAGUGAACCAGCCAAACAGUUCAUGCGAGUGGCAGCAGUGGAUGCCGGUUUACUAAGUGAGCAGUUGAUUUUGGCGCUGGAACCAGAGGCUGCUUCUCUUUUCUGUAAACAUCAACCCGUUCAGAGUAUGGUGGACGGUGAAGGCAAGAAGAUGGGUGUCUUUAGACAUGGAACCAAAUAUAUGGUCCUUGACGCAGGAGGUGGAACAAUUGACAUCACCGUUCACCAAGUCCAAAAAAACGAAACAAUAAAGGAAAUCCAUAAAGCGAGUGGUGGAAACUGGGGAGGUACCAGCGUUGAUGACGAAUUUGAAUCCCUGCUGUCUGAUAUAGUAGGUGAACAAAUAUUCAGGGAGUUUAAGAAUGACUCCGUAGAGGACUUGCUUGAGUUGUAUCGCAAUUUUGAAGUGAAGAAAAGGUCAAUAUCAAAAACGAUGGAGGGAAAGAUCACAUUCACUGUUCCGGUUAAACUUCAAGAGAUAUUCCGGAAACACCAUCCCAAUGACAAAAUGGACAGGUUCAUAAAAGGCAAUCGGAAAUACAGCUCCGAUGUGAUCUGGCGUGGGGACAAACUCCGAAUGUCUAAGGCGCUCACAAUGUCCCUGUUUGAUCGAUCCCUGCGGAACAUAAUUAAACAUUUAGACCAGAUUAUAGGUCAUCAAAACGUCCAUGAUUUAUCAGCCAUACUGAUGGUAGGGGGAUACUCGGAAUGCCCAUUACUACAGGACGCAAUGAAGGAGAGGUUCCCACAACUAAAAGUGAUAGUACCACGAGAGGCCGGCCUGGCUGUGCUGAAGGGAGCCGUCAUCACUGGCCACUGCCCCAACAUCAUUACUGAGAGGAUCUGUCGUUACACUUAUGGAGUGUCAUGCACAACGUCCUUCAAAGAAGGAGUUCACAAAGAGGAGUACAAAUAUAUAGAUGAGGCCGGGGAUGUACUUUGUAAUAACUUUUUUAAAUGUCAUGUUUCAGUUAGCGAUUCUGUCACAUUAGGAAAAUCAGGUAAAAAACAAACUUAUACUAUCCAUAGUUCUACGUCUAAGUCAAUAAACAUCACUAUUUUUGUGUCCACUGAUCCGUCACCAAUGUAUAUUACAGAAAAGUCAUGUCAGAAACUAGGUACCCUGACAGUCAGCAUGCCCGACACAUCCCGGGGCAGAGACAGAGGGGUCGAAGUGUCCAUGUCGUUCGGUGGCAGGGAGAUAGAGGUGGAGGCCGUAGACAUACACACUAAAGAGAAACACACUGCCUUCUUUGACUUCCUUGGAUAAUAUUAACGCAAUCAUCACACGAGUGUGUGAAACUUCCGCGAUGAUUAUAAUUAAGUCGGCACAGCUGAUGAGACAUUCCUCAGUUUUUAACUCCCGCACACCUGUAACAUACAUGUACAUCUACAUUUCUCCCUAUCCGAUUAUUGCCUUGUCCUUUAUCGAUAUGGUAAUCGAAGGUCAACCUGAUAGGCAAUUGUGGUCAGAAUAUAGUUAAAAACUGCAUUUACUUUUUGUAUAUAUUUAUCUAAUUAUAGUGAACAAUGAAAGAACAGGAUAUAGGGGCAAAUACUGACUGUCAUUGAUAUGUAGUCGCCAAUGUAAUACAAGGUAUGCGUAGAACACAUUAAAGGGAGUGGCAACUGCUAUAUAAUGGGGGAUAUAGAUACAACUUUUUCUUCGUGAUCUCGUGACAUAGUAAUUAUGAAUAUAUUUUGUUUACAUAAUGCAUAUAACAUUUUAGAGAUAUUUUCUAAAACUGGUUUUUGAGUUGAAUUUUUUAUGGUAAUGUUUCCUAGUAGUUCGUCGAUAUUAUUUUCUAUUAAUAUUUUAGACAUUUGGUCAGUGCAAAUGUUUUGUCGAAAAGGCCAUCGAAUAUUUGUGAAGAGAGUAUUGUAGGAACUGGAUAAUUAAUAGAAAAAAUACGAAGACAGUAGAUCAUUACUGUUAUUAAUAUAAUCGUCUUCAAUCUAGUGUGGUAAGUCUACUUCACAACGUCAGUUGCUUGUUUCGGCGGCUAAUUGUAUCCUAUCAGUCAAAUUGAGCAGGAAAUAAAGACAGGUUGUCAUUGUAUGAGUAGCAUGUUUAAUGUUGCAGCAUUUUGAAAGUAUCAGCAUUUAUAUAAAUAGGGAUUCAACUAAAGGAUAUAUAUAGGAACGUUUUGGUUGUUUAGUUAGAGUUCCGUAGUUAAAACAAAGGAAUAGAGUUAAGGGAUGUAGUUAGAACAGUAAGUUAACCCUCUUUACCGAGUGGUAUGUAGUUUUAUGCUUAUAGACAGAGAUUUGGGUUGAGUUGGAGUAUCUAUAGUGAGACUUUGAGUCAAUUGACAGAAGACUUGUAUAUUUUGUGAUGGAUUUGCUAUAUAAGUAUGUUGUGAAUAAAGCAAAAUAUAUAAA